AACUGGUGGCGGUCCUUCUCUUUUUGCCCUGCCUUUUCCGCUGGCGAUUUGCUUCCGCUUCCGGCACCGAAUCCAAUAGAGCCGCAAAAAGCUUUGCAUUGUGGGAGAUCCUUCCUUUCUGGUUCCCCGGCCAUCUUGGCGGCUGCGCUUGGUAGGGGUCCGUCCCGCACCUAAGGCAGAAAGAUGGUGGCCGCAAAGAAGACGAAAAAGUCGCUGGAGUCGAUCAACUCGAGGCUCCAACUUGUUAUGAAAAGUGGCAAGUACGUGCUGGGGUACAAGCAGACCCAGAAGAUGAUCCGACAAGGCAAAGCCAAACUGGUCAUCCUCGCCAACAACUGCCCAGCCCUGAGGAAAUCUGAAAUAGAGUACUAUGCCAUGUUGGCCAAGACUGGUGUCCAUCACUACUGUGGCAACAAUAUUGAACUGGGCACAGCGUGUGGGAAAUACUACAGAGUGUGCACACUGGCUAUCAUCGACCCAGGUGAUUCUGAUAUCAUCAGAAGCAUGCCAGAACAGACUGGUGAAAAGUAAAUCGUGCACAUUUUUUCUUUAAUAAAACUGGCCAGAGUUUGAUUUAAGAACUGCAUCCCUUUCUGUUAUUUUUGCAUCUUUUUGUUUCAAUACUUUCCUAAAGAUCAGAUCAGACAGCGUGAGGCAGCCAGGAGUGGUGGCAAGACUUUUGGGUUAAGAGACUUAAAUUCCAGUUUCCAUUUUUCCUAAAUGGGGUAUGCUGAAUUCCUUUCCUGUAUUAGAUUUAAUUCCAGUUUUAGGACAUGGUUUGCAUUUUAUAUUUGAAUGUGUUUGAGAGGCAGCAAGGUUCAAAACCCAGAAUUUAACCAGAAUUGCAAUUUAUUGUCCAGUUUAAAUCUACCAAAUCUAGGUAGCACAGAAAAGUAAAUGAAAUUAUAUGGAUGUUCCCCACCCCCCCCCCCCAAAUUUUGCCACUGCAUAUUACGUGUCCCACGGAACCCUUUUCCCACAUUUAUUAACAUCCCUUGG